CCCGGAUUUGUUUAUUUUUUAGAGCCAAUGCUUUUCUUUUUACUAUGACUCUUCCCAUCCCACAUUGUUCCUCAAAGGCCCUUCUACCAUAAGGAUUCAAAAAAUUGCCGCCCUCCCCCCGAAUCCCCAUAUACCCACCAACACUUCACCCACCCAUCCACCACCAGCUCCCGGGAGCUGCUACGCAGCUGGCUGGGAAAGAAAAGGGAGAGUGCUCCUCCGGGAGCGGGGAGCGAGAAGGGUGGCGUCUCCAGGGAUUUAACCUCCUACCCUCAGUUCCAUGACGCCACCCCCUCCCUCCAAAGACUGGGACAGCGCCUCCAUUUUUGUUUUGGGGAGGAAGGGCAGGGGCUUGCGGAUAGAAGGGGGUCAAAGGAACGGUGAUUAUCACCUGUGAGGGGAAAGGGGGUGCCGUCCUCCCUCCUUCCCUUUCCCUCAGCCUGCACCCCCUGCAACCCCCCACCUUUCGGGGUCUCCCCCCCUUGUUGCUAAGGCCCGGACCGUCAUCCCAGCAACAGCCUCAGUCAUGUGACCGGCAAUGGCGGCGCUGACGAGAGGUGCAUCUGGCCUUGGGGAACGAUGAUGGAGGCAUGAAGGGACAGCUGCUCCUUUUUGGAUCAGUCAAUAAAUGGAGGUCACACCAAUGGCCCUUCUUUCUGUUUGAGCUGCAUUUGGAAGUGUUGUGGAGACAGCCCCGUAGCACAAUGCAACCAGACUCAGGGAAAACAUCAGGGCCCUCCAGCUGAGCCCUUGUGUGAGCCCCGCCCCUCCCUAAAUGCCAGACUUGGGAGCUGACAGCCCUGCCUGUGCUGGGUUUAAAAGUCCUGGUCAGCUGAGUGGAAAUAGAAGGAUUUCUGCUGCCAUCAUCUUCCAUGGGCUUUCCAGGUCACACGACCUACAAGUAGGGAGCAGGGAAAGAAGAGUGAGCCUGCAUGCCAAUUCUAAGCUCUUCAGGAUCAAAAAUGGCAGCCUGUGGAGGCACCUGCAAGAACAAAGUGACUGUCUCCAAGCCUGUGUGGGACUUCCUGAGCAAAGAGACCCCAGCCCGGCUGGCCCGGCUUCGGGAGGAGCACCGUGUGUCCAUCCUCAUAGAUGGCGAGACUUCUGACAUCUAUGUUCUCCAGCUUUCCCCACAGGGCCCUCCCCCGGCCCCUCCCAAUGGGCUCUACCUAGCCCGGAAGGCUCUCAAGGGGCUGCUAAAAGAGGCGGAGAAAGAGCUGAAGAAAGCUCAGAGGCAGGGGGAGCUGAUGGGCUGCCUGGCUCUGGGGGGUGGAGGGGAGCAUCCUGAGAUGCACCGCACAGGCCCACCCCCUCUCCGAGCAGCCCCACUUCUGCCCCCAGGAGCCAGGGGGCUCCCCCCUCCUCCUCCCCCCCUGCCCCCACCUCUUCCUCCUCGCCUUCGGGAGGAGGCAGAAGAGCAGGAGAGCACCUGCCCCAUCUGUCUGGGGGAGAUCCAGAAUGCCAAGACAUUGGAGAAGUGCCGGCAUUCAUUCUGCGAGGGCUGCAUCACCCGGGCUCUGCAGGUGAAAAAGGCCUGCCCCAUGUGCGGCCGCUUCUAUGGGCAGCUGGUGGGCAACCAGCCCCAGAAUGGGCGGAUGCUGGUCUCUAAGGACGCCACCCUCCUACUGCCCAGCUAUGAGAAGUACGGCACCAUUGUCAUCCAGUACGUCUUCCCGCCCGGUGUCCAGGGGGCUGAACACCCAAACCCAGGAGUUCGGUAUCCUGGCACCACACGGGUGGCCUACCUCCCGGACUGCCCUGAGGGCAACAAGGUGCUGACCCUGUUCCGCAAGGCGUUUGACCAGCGUCUCACCUUCACUAUCGGCACGUCCAUGACCACAGGGAGACCGAAUGUCAUCACCUGGAACGACAUCCACCACAAGACCAGCUGCACAGGGGGACCCCAGCUGUUUGGGUACCCAGACCCCACCUACCUGACCCGGGUGCAAGAGGAGCUGAGAGCGAAGGGUAUCACAGAUGACUGAAGGACAUCGCCUUUGCCAAGGCCCCUGCUGUCCGCCUCUACUAGGACCCAGCAGAAGCCUCUUUCUCCUCUCUGCCCCCUGCCCCCCACACCACACCUGUAGGGGACCUGUCUGACUGGGAAGGGAGUUCCGAGAGGGAGGGGGCAACCCAUUCCCCCAUCCCCCACUGGCCAAGUGUUUCAAUGCAGAGUGAGCCACUCCCUUCUGGCAGAGGCCGACCUCCAAGGCUCUGUUCCCCGCUCCCCGUGUACAUAUACUCCCGGUUUCCCUGCCCCUCCAUUGCCCUUGGCUUUUUCUGGUAUGUGCUGUGCUCCAUGACCAAGCGGAGAAAGGACCUAGGGUGGGGAAGGGAGGGUCUCUUGAUUCCCAACCGCCCCCACAUACUGCUUCACCGCUGAACUUCGGGUGCCGGGGAGGAGAAAUUGGGCUGAUGUGAGCUCCCCGCCACCCCCCAUGGAGCCGGCUGUGUGUGUUCAUCAGAUACAGUUCUCCCUUAACCUUGUCCUUUCUCUCCUGUGUCUCAGUCUCCGUCAGUCUGUCUUUCUCCGCUCUUCUCUGAUCCCUAUGAGGAACCUCCUUACCCUGUUCUGGAAUCGCUGCCAGACUGUAGCUUUUAAUUUAAUAAAAAUAAAGUAAAAUAUGUAACUCUU